AAGUUGAUGUUCCGCAGUUGGCGAUGGCGGAUGUUGUAGAAAAUGACAGCAUGAAGAAUUAUAAAAUAGCGUCUGAGAAAAUAAGCCCGGAGGCCUGUCGCUAUCCUUUCUGUGUCGUCUGGACCCCCAUCCCCUUUUUAUCAUGGCUGUUUCCAAUCAUCGGUCACAUGGGAAUCUGCACUUCCACCGGUGUCAUCCGGGACUUUGCUGGGCCCUACUUUGUCUCGGAAGACAACAUGGCUUUUGGAAAACCUACAAAAUACUGGAUGCUGGAUGUGAGCAAGGUGUACAGUAAUGGCUGUAACGCCUGGGACCGAGCAGUGCACGACGCCUCAGAGGAGUACAAACACAGGAUGCAUAACCUGUGCUGUGACAACUGUCACUCACAUGUUGCCAUGGCGCUGAAUCUGAUGCAGUAUGAAAACAGCACCUCAUGGAACAUGGUCAACCUCUGCCUCCUCGCUUUCAUCCACGGAAAAUAUGUCAGCUGUGCGGGCUUUCUGAAAACCUGGUUGCCUUUUAUGAUGCUUGCGGGCAUCAUCCUUACAGUUGCCCUGGCCGUCUACCUCCGAUGACUCAGUGAACCCUGACUUCAGAAAGAUGCAGCACGGAGGUUUUCAACAAGAAGAGGCUUCAAACCAAAGUCACCAAGGACAUAAAAGACGGGAUUAUUGGAGCAGAAUGUGGUUUGUCACUGGACUUCCUACAGUGUCCAAGCUGCAGUCCUCAGUGAUGGACAUUCAUUUAAAUCCAGCUCAUAUAAAUAAUCAUAUUUAG